CGAUGGUCGCCGCUUCUGCUGUUAAUUGAAGUAUUCAAAUCGGAGUCAUCUAAGUUAUAGCGAGUGGAAAUUGAGAGCUUUUAUUAAUUUUUUGCAACUCUGUGAAGUGAAAUCAGACGUGAAUGUACAACUGUGGAGUUUUGUAUCAACAAGAGCGCGAGCGGUCUGGCGGCCAAGCGGUGUUUUGUACUCUCAGUCCUGUCUCACUUUCUGAUAGCUGUACCCCAGUCAACUCCCCCACCCGCCGACAGGCCCGCCAGCCCCAACCCAGCCAGGCCCGCCAGCCUCUCUCCAGCCAGUCCCCCCCCCACCCCCCCCAAGCCGGCUCCCACUCGGCAGCGAGUGCGAGGCUCGGCCAUGGUGGACGUGAGCAAGUGGCCCCUCUUCACCCUGCUGGGGCCCCAGGACAUCGCCUCCAUCCGGCAGGCUUGCAUCUUCGGUACCUCCGCCAACGAGGCCAUCUACAUCACCCACGACGACGAGGUGUUUGUGUUUGGGCUGAACUGCAGUAACUGCCUGGGCACGGGAGACAAUCAGAGCACCAUCGCGCCCAAGAAGCUGGACGUCCUGAGCGGGAGGAAGGUUGUGAGUCUGAGCUACGGAAGUGGGCCUCACGUCCUGCUGGCCACUGAAGAGGGGGAGCUCUAUGCCUGGGGACACAACGGCUACAGUCAGCUGGGCAACGGGACCACCAAUCAGGGAGUGUCGCCUGUCGUGAUUUCCGCCAACCUGAUGAACAAGAAGGUGGUGGGCGUGGCCUGUGGAUCCCACCAUUCCAUGGCAAUGACGCACGAUGGAGAGGUGUUUGCCUGGGGCUAUAAUAACUGUGGCCAGGUGGGCUCGGGGUCCACAGCCAACCAGCCCGCCCCGCGCAAGGUCUCCAACUGCCUGCAGAACAAGGCGGUGGUCAGCAUCGCGUGCGGCCAGACCUCCUCCAUGGCGGUGGUGGACAAUGGGGAGGUCUAUGGGUGGGGCUAUAACGGUAACGGACAGCUCGGACUGGGCAACAACGGGAACCAGCUGAUUCCAUGCCGCCUCACAGCUCUCCAGGGACUAUGCGUGCUGCAGAUUGCCUCGGGCUACGCUCACUCACUAGCACUAACAGACGAGGGCUUGCUGUACGCCUGGGGGGCUAACACCUACGGGCAGCUGGGCACGGGCAACAAGAGCAACCAGCUCAGCCCCAUUCAGAUCAUGGCGGAGAAGGAGAGCAGGAUUGUGGAGAUCGCUGCCUGCCACUCCACCCACACGUCCGCGGCCAGGACGCAGAGCGGGCAGGUGUACAUGUGGGGGCAGUGCCGGGGGCAGGCCAUCGUGCUGCCCCACCUCACGCACCUCACCUGCACCGACGACGUCUUCGCCUGCUUCGCCACCCCCUCCGUCAUGUGGCGGCUGCUGUCCAUGGAGCACGAUGACUUCCUGACCGUGGCUCAGUCGUUGAAGAAAGAGUUCGACAGCCCGGAGACGUCAGACCUCAAGUUCUGCGUGGACGGGAAGUACAUACACGUCCACAAGGCCAUCCUGAAGAUCAGGUGCGAACACUUUCGGUCCAUGUUCCAGUCCCACUGGAAUGAGGACAUGAAGGAGGUGAUCGAGAUCGACCAGUUCUCUUAUCCGGUCUACCGGUCCUUUCUGGAGUUCCUCUACACGGACAGCGUGGAUCUGCCCCCGGAGGACGCCAUAGGUCUGCUGGAUCUGGCCACCUCGUACUGCGAGAACCGCCUGAAACGCCUCUGCCAGCACAUCAUAAAGAGAGGCAUCACCGUGGAGAACGCGUUCGCCCUGCUGUCCGCGGCUGUGCGCUACGAUGCUGAGGACCUGGAGGAGUUCUGCUUCAAGUUCUGCGUGAACCACCUGACGGAGGUGACGCAGACGGCGGCGUUCUGGCAGAUCGACGGGAACAUGCUGAAAGAGUUCAUCUGCAGGGCCAGCCGCUGCGGCGCCUUCAAGAACUGAGCUCCCCAGAGAGAGACUUACUGAAGGCCUCCACGCACACAGGGGGCGCUGUGGGCUGCGGUCGCAGUUCCCGCACGACCUGCGAUGAGGCCAGAGGCGUGACUGCUGGGCGUCUGCGCCCGACCACGCCCGCAUCUGGGAUCCGAAGGGAAGGCCAGGGGCUCCAUUUCCUGCCCUGAUUGCGUUGGAGAUGCUUUAUAAAAUGGGGUUUCCUUCACGGAUCAGUCUUCCUAUGGUCCCAGCCUUCCCCUCCCAUCUAUCACAUGACAGUGUUGUUCCACCUUAAACCGCUGAAGUAUUAAGGAUUUGAGGACUGACCCUGCCCUCCACUAAUGUGCAGUGUCAUUGGCCAUGGCUGCAGGGGCUUCUGGGAAGCCCCAGUCUAGACUCCACCUGUAACUGAAGACACACUACAACACACAGGUGGAAGGAUCAGUUUUGUUAUAGAAGCACUGAACGUGCUGUGGCUUAGUUUUGGGAAUUGUUCUUUAAAUGGGACUGUGUAGGACCAGGAACCACAUAUGGACUGACUGGGGUCUUAAUGCUGAGAAUUUUUGGGGGGUAGUUUACUGGCAAGAUCUUGGCCUGCAUAUAUAUUUUUUUAAAUGAGCGACUACUUUUUAAAUAAAUGUACAUUUUUAAGCAUACGCUUGUUCAUGGUGAAGGCAGAGAGAAGGGUGUACCAGUGAAGCUCCAGCAGUUAUGCGUUACAAGUGUUGAUUCGCACACGGCAGGCCCAAUAGUAUUACUUUACUGCGUGUUCCCUCAGCUUUCAUUGACAUUCAUGCAUUUAUGCUGUUGAUGUGAAGACCAGGCGACAGUGUCAACCUGUUUUUCAGUCCUUGGAAACAGUCAUAGCCAAUGCAGCACUGACUCUAACGCUGUCCCGUGAUUGGUCCUGCCAGAAUGACUCACCGUGUGAGGGGCUGUGCUCCAUUCUUGGCCCUUAGUCCAGCACUACACUGACAAUCGCAGACAGUUUAAAUAUAAAAUGGUGAAUAAAGGUAAUUGCGGGUCUUGCCGUAGCUUCCACUGACUGGAUAGAGUGAAUAGUGUCAUUAGCGGUAAUGCUGAUUUCAGAGUUCAUUUUGUUACGAUAAAAUGGUUUACAAAUAAGAUAUUCAGGAAUAUAAAUAUGCAUUUUGCUUUGUGAUCUUUAUCAUACUGGGGGGUUUUGAGCUGAGUUUUCAAAUGCUAAACCCCCUAGCAUUAAUUUCCUUUUGUUGCAAUUUUUCCAUCUUUGAACUAUACAAAAAUGACUGACAAAUAAAAAGUGCACUAUCCAA